AUGUCGGACAACGAGAAGCCUACCACCGAUCAUGGACCUGCUGAUACUCGGCCAGGCCCGAUCGAGGACCACCACUUUGGCGACGAGCCUCCUCACCACGGCAUGUCGGCUGGCCAAUAUAUUGCAUCCCGCUUCAGCAGCCUGAAGCCGCCAAUGUCGAAACUGCCCAACCCGUUUUCUCUCCUCAGGAUGCUCAACGGCCACCACUGGGCAUUCUUCCUGGUCGCCUUCUCCGCUUGGACCUGGGAUGCUUUCGAUUUCUUCACGGUCUCGCUUACUGUCAGUGACCUCGCCGAGACAUUUGAUAAGACCAAUACCGAGAUAACCUGGGGCAUCACCCUGGUGCUGAUGUUUCGAUCUGUUGGUUCAAUUCUCUUUGGUAUCGCGGCAGAUCGUUAUGGUCGCAAGUGGCCUUUCAUCGUGAACAACGUCUUGUUUAUCAUUCUUGAACUGGGCACCGGCUUCUGCAACACCUACAACCAGUUCCUCGCUUGUAGGGCCUUGUUUGGUAUAGCGAUGGGCGGUCUGUACGGAAAUGCUGCAGCUACCGCACUGGAAGACCUCCCCGAGGAGACUCGUGGCUUGAUGUCCGGUAUCUUGCAGCAAGGCUACGCGUUCGGCUAUCUCCUCGCCACCGCCUUCGCACGGGGUCUGGUCAACACCACCCCGCACUCCUGGAGACCCUUGUACUGGUUCGGAGCAUGCCCGCCGGUCCUAAUCAUCCUCUUCCGCCUAAUGCUGCCCGAGACGAACGUGCACCAGCAGCGAGAGUCUGUGCGUCGCACUGCGCAGGCCAGCGGGAGCAGCGUCUCGAAGACCUUCAUACAGGAGGGCAAAGUCGCUCUCCGGAGACACUGGUUGCUCCUCACGUACCUCGUGCUCCUCAUGGCUGGGUUCAACUUCAUGAGCCACGGUAGUCAGGACCUGUACCCAACUAUGCUCAAGAACCAGUUUGAGUUUGACGAGAAUGAGGUGACGGUUACACAAGUGGUGGCCAACCUUGGAGCAAUGACCGGCGGUACCGUUGUUGGCUUCUUGUCGCAGUCGUUUGGCCGCCGACUCAGCAUCAUUGUCAUCAGUGUUGUUGGCGGAGCGCUUCUGUAUCCGUACAGCUUCAUCGAGAACAAUCGCGUGAUUGCCGCGGCGUUCUUUGAGCAGUUCUGCGUGCAGGGUGCUUGGGGCGUCAUCCCGAUUCACCUAAUGGAGCUCUCUCCGGGAGCAUUCAGGACCUUCGUGGUGGGAACCUCGUACCAGCUUGGAAACCUCGUCAGCUCUGCGAGCUCAACCAUCGAAGCCACCAUUGGCGAGCGGUUUCCCCUCCCACCAAAGGACGAUGUGAAGCGCUACGGUUACGGCAAGGUCAUCUGCAUUUUCAUGGGCUGCGUGUACGCCUACGUGAUCCUCCUGACGUUCCUCGGACCCGAGCACCUGCGCCGCAAGUUUGAGGUCGAGCAUGACGCAGACGUACGGGAGAUUGCGGGCGAGGAGACGAUCGAGCAGGCUAUUCACCGCCGAGAGAGGAUGGGUAUGGGAUUGAGUGACGAAGACCUUGCGGAUGCUGCUGAGGUGAAGCGCAUUGGGGAGGCAGAGAGGAACAGGGAGAACAAAGCGAACCAGAUAGUUUGA